GUGAUAUGGGUGUGCAUAGUGUGUCGUAAAAAGCAAGAACUUCUGUCAAAAACCGGGCAGUGGAUGGUGAAAACCGGGCUGGGGGCCGCGGACCAGGCGAUGAUGAGAAGGAUGCAGGAGGACUUGCAGAAUGAAGGACCACCUGGGCGUACAGAGUUGACUCAAGACAAACGCCCGAAACUAGAACGCGCCCACAGCGCCGCUGAAAAGGAAAACCUUCCAUUGUUGCAGCGUAGCGGAAGUGCACUUAGACGGCAGUAUUCCCAACAAGAACAGAUUCCAAAUCGUCGAUUGUCAACAAGUGACAGCGGCGUAGAAAUGUCAGUAUCACCUCACUCGCGUAGUCUGCCAACACCUCACGUGGUCGUGGGGUCAUAUCCUCAACAAACACCUCGUCACCCAGCGGCCUUUCCCGAAGACGACCCGAACAUCUACCGAGGGGAGUUGGACGGUCUGAUGAAGCAGCACGCCCAAAUGUAUCAACGAUCUCGCCAAAUUUAUCAGGAGCAGAAUUCCAACAUGCCGAUGACUUACGGUCACUCGGGUGUGGACAACUCGCGAGUGCAUCAAUCACAGCAGCAUCAAAUUCACCAGGUACAAGGGAAACAUCUGUCGCAAGCAAUCCCACCAACUGGUCAAAAUACCGGGCAAUUACACCAGCAGCGCAGUUUCAGCAGCAGUGAGGAGGAACGAAGCACACCUGAGUGUGCAAGCGAUGAACCUGAUGAGUCGGAAAAGGGUGAAAAGCGAGCGCCAAUAGUCGCGAGCCCAAGGAGCCCCAGGAGUAAAGCUGGUGACCGAAUUUACCGGCAAGCGAUGCUCGACGAGAAGAUGAAGAAAUUUCUCGCG